GCCCUCUAGAGGAGCGGAGUAUGCUGGGACCAGACGAGCCGCAUGUAGCUGAGGUGGUGGAUCUGCCUACCAUACCUCAUGAGCCUCAGCGUGAGGGUGUCUGUGGCUGGUCGCGGCCUGCUCCGGAGGGUCUGCCUGCUCCGGCGGCUCCAGAUGUGCCUGACGAGGCCGAGAGAGAGAUGGAGCAUCUUCCUCCACCGUCAUACCGCUCUCUCCUUCUCGAUCUGCCCCCUCCCUAUCCACAGGCCUUUCAGCCUGCAAUGGCAGGCUUUGGCCAACAGGAGGCACCACCUUCCUAUUCAGAGGUCCUUUUCGCCCAUAACCGACCACAACACUUGUCAGUGCCAGGCCGUCCCAUACCAUCAGCCCCCCCUGCUGGCCCGCGAGUGCAACUGCCCUACCUCCAAACACCCACUGUACUACGCACCAGGUUCUAGGUUCUCUGAAGUGUGGCUGAAAUGGAACCCUGGCCGCCACACACACAGACCAACUAACUGGAGGAGCCAUUUGUCUGAAAUUCCAUAAGGAAAAGCCGACAUCAGGCAUUUUUUUUCUUGGAUA